UCCCGGCGUCUCUCCAGGGGCCCCAGGCCCGGCCAGCACUCGCCCGCCUCCGGUCUGCGCGACGCCACGCAGCGCCCCAGGUGCAUCACCAUCGGGUCGGCUUUGAACGACAGGUGCAUCACAGCGUAGUGGCCGCGGGCAUGGCGGACACCGAGCAGCAGGAGGGCACCGUCCAGGUGCAGGGCCUCAGCCUCUUCUUCCGGGAGGCACGGCCCGGCGGCGGGCAGGCCGCUCGCCUCUCUGUGCUGCUGCUGCAUGGUAUCCGCUUCUCCUCCGAGACCUGGCAGAACCUGGGUACGCUGCGCAGGCUGGCCCUGGCCGGCUACCGGGCCGUGGCCGUUGACCUCCCAGGCCUGGGGCGCUCCAAGGAGGCAGCAGCCCCUGCCCCUCUCGGGGAGCUGGUCCCCGGAGGCUUCCUGGCAGCUUUGGUGGAGGCCUUGGCCCUGGGCCCCCCGGUGGUGAUCAGUCCGUCCAUGAGUGGCAUGUAUUCCCUGCCCUUCCUCACAGCCCCCGGCUCCCAGCUCCGGGGCUAUGUGCCGGUGGCCCCCAUCUGCACCGACAAAAUCAGUGCCGCCGACUACGCCAGUGUGAAGAUUCCGGCCCUGAUUGUAUAUGGAGACCAGGACCCCAUGGGUCAGAGCAGCUUUGAGCACCUGAAGCAGCUGCCCAACCACCGGGUGCUGGUCAUGAAGGGGGCGGGGCACCCCUGCUACCUGGACAAACCGGAGGAGUGGCAUACAGAGCUGCUGAGCUUCCUGCAGGGGCUGGCGUAGGCCCCGUGCUCUGGCCGGGGGAGACACCUGCCUGCCUGCUGCCUGCUGCCUCGGGCCUCUCCCUCUCUCUCCCACCCCUCUCUUGGCUCUGGCUCAUCACAUGUGCACCACAGGUGUGUCUGUCUGUCGUUUCUCCGGGUUCAUGUCUUUUGGGGUCCGUGUCUUUUUCUACUUCUUUCUUUUGCAGCGCCAGACUGAGGAGGUAAAAUCAAGAGCAAAAAACAGGAAUCAAGGGACGUAAUAUGCUGGAGGGUAAUCCAAGCUUCCACAGGCUCCUGCUCGGCUCUCUCGCCUUCCUCUGCUCUGCCCAGCCUCCCCCUGCCUCCUCCUUCAGCUGCCCUGCAGGCCAGUCACCCCCACCCUCGCCCACCCCCUCCCCCCGACGCCACACGCACUUACAUGCUUGGAGCCUUCUAUACCUACCUGAUCCCAGAUACAGAUCUGACCCUUCACGGGAGCCGCUGCAUGGUACAGGUGACGGGGAGACCAUGCACCUUUUCAUGGGCAGCUUUGCCCUGCACACGCACCCGUGCACACCUGGGCCUCCACACAGGCACUAGCCCAGGUCCAUGUGCACUUCUAACGCUGUAGCACCUGUCUGGGAAGACGGGGGGGGGGGGGGGGGGGCCCAUGGGCCAGCCCUUGCAGAACUGCUAUGCCUAGGGUGUGGCCGGGCCCCGCCUCUACUCACCCACAGGUUGCAGGUGGCCCCUGGGCCAGAACUGCCUGCCCCAGAGAGGCCGAUCUCCCUGCUUUCUCCCCGGCUUCCCGGCGCUCCUUUGCCCCGGGUUGUGUGGUCUGGGUCUUCGCAGCCCAGCUAGUGCCUUGCUUUGAGGUUUGGGGGAUGGAAAUAAAGCGAUGCAAUUAGA